AUGCAGAACUCAUGGAACGCGCAGAGAAAGUCCCGAAUCGAUCUUAACGGUGAUAUACCAUCUCCUUCUGCAAGUCCCUGUGCUCCCACCCCGACUGCUGCUGUUACACCUGAUGAGCCGCCAGCCCCAAAGCGAAAAUCCCGCAGCACGCACGGGACUAGCAAGCGGGCAAAGGCAUCUCAUGAACCGCCGACAACCAGAUUGUCUGAUCUCGGAGGAGUCACCGAUGCUGUAGAAAAGCUAUUAGAGCUUGUCGCACUUCCUGUCUGUCAUCCCGAGGUCUACUUGCAUACCGGUGUUCAACCCCCGAGAGGUGUCCUGUUACAUGGCCCACCUGGCUGUGGGAAGACUAUGUUGGCUAAUGCGAUUGCGGGAGAGCUAGGUGUACCUUUCAUAAGUGUCUCUGCACCUUCAGUUGUUUCUGGGAUGUCGGGAGAGUCGGAAAAGACGCUACGGGAUACGUUUGACGAGGCCAAGAAAAAUGCCCCUUGCUUGCUAUUCAUAGAUGAAAUUGAUGCCAUUACGCCAAAGCGAGAAAGCGCUCAACGAGAGAUGGAACGUAGGAUUGUUGCUCAGUUCUUAACAUGUAUGGAUGACCUGGCGUGGGAGAAUACAGACCACAAGCCGGUUAUAGUUAUUGGGGCUACGAACCGUCCGGAUUCCUUAGACCCAGCACUCCGCCGUGCUGGAAGAUUCGAUCAUGAAAUUAGCAUGGGUGUCCCUGACGAAGCUGGUCGGCAACAAAUAUUAAAAACUUUACUUGAUAAACUUCGCCUUGCGGGCCCGACCGAGGAAUACACAGCCGCAUUAGCUCGAGCAACGCCUGGAUACGUCGGAGCGGACUUAGCCAGUUUGACAAGUGCGGCUGGAGUUAUUGCCGUGAAACGAAUAUUCAAAGGGCUUCUCAGUGGCGCGUUUAUUACUGGGGACGAGCCGGCCAUCGCUCCCCCUCAGGGUGCCUCGGACACAUCCCAGUCGACGCUUCCCAACAACCUGCUGGAGAAGCCCGAUGUACCAGUUGACGAUAUAGAAAUGAUUCCGCCGGAUGAACAGGCUGCUCCUUCUGCAUAUGAUCAAGAGCAGACCACCACACCUGUGACGUCCGCAUUAACGACCCUGCUCCGCUCUACGACCCUUACCCCCGAACAACUUUCAAAAUUAACCAUCUCUCUACCCGACUUUCUUGCAGCUCUUGAGAUCACCCAGCCAAGUGCUACACGAGAGGGAUUCACUACUCGCCCAGAUGUCAGCUGGGCGGAUAUUGGUGCACUCAAAGGGAUUCGGGAAGAGCUGGAGAUGGCGGUUGUAUGGCCAAUUCGAAGACCCGAACUAUUCAGCGAUCUAGGAGUCGGAACGGGUGGGCGGGGUGUAUUACUGUGGGGCCCACCUGGGUGCGGUAAGACUCUGUUGGCGAAAGCUGUAGCAGGUGAAAGUGGAGCCAACUUUAUCAGCGUCAAGGGUCCUGAACUCUUGAACAAGUACGUGGGUGAGUCCGAAAGAGCCGUGCGACAGGUCUUUACAAGAGCGCGCGCUUCCGCUCCUUGCGUGGUGUUUUUCGAUGAGCUUGACGCCCUCGUGCCCAGGAGAGAUGACAGUCUGUCCGAAUCCUCAGCUAGAGUUGUCAAUACACUUCUUACCGAACUGGAUGGUUUGACUGCUCGAGGUGCCGUAUACGUCGUUGGCGCCACUAAUCGACCAGACAUGUUAGACCCCGCGAUGUGCCGACCUGGCCGCUUAGAUAAGCUUCUUUAUGUGGACCUUCCAAGUCCGGCCGAACGAGGCGAAAUCAUGCGAACUUUGAUUCGGGGUGUCCGACUUGGCAGUGCGCCUACAGUAUCGCUCGACUCUGAGCGAGCAUUGAUCGUAUCAACCAUUGCCCAACUCGCGAUUGAUAGGUGCGACGGGUACAGCGGGGCCGACUUGGCGGCUCUUGUCCGUGAAGCUGCUGUCGGCGCGCUCCGGAGUGUUCUCCUGUCCGGGCAAAUCAUCAAAGACGGUCCGGAAGAACCACAAGGCGAGAACCGAAUUGCGGUUACAUCUCGCGAUUUCGAACAGGCGUUGUCCAAGUUGGGUCCGUCUGUCAGUGCGAUCCAGCGCAAACGAUACGAAACCCUGCGAGUUAAAUUUGCGGGCGGAAGAGGAGGAGGGGAGGUUAGGAUUAGAGACGAAGGGAGGGAGGGCGAGGUUGGGGUUGGAGGGGAGUCGGAAGGAAAGACAAUGAAGUAG